AUGAAGAUUUCCCGUCAAACGACACAAGCUAUAUCUACGGACACCGACACUCUUAGUGAUACUGAUAGUUUAUAUACCCCCGAAAAUGAUGGGCAGAAAUCAAAGCCAUACACUUUACACCAGUCUUUACCUUCCUCAUCAUCAUCAAGUAGCCAAUUGCUGAAGGAUGAUGCACAGAAAAUAACUUCUGUUAUGGAACCUGUGCCCACCAUCAGUAAACGUAAUACGCGUAAGAAAUGGACUUCUGAAAUGAAUGAAUUCAUAUUGCGUACUUACCUCUAUUUAACAAUGAUGGAGACUGACACUGAAGGUUAUUUACAACCAUUACACAUGAAAUUCAUAGAACCAUUCCCAGAUAUGCAGAACAAAUAUUUAAGUGUUGACCGCUUAGAAAUAAUUAAGAAUGACUUGCAAAAACAACAUAACGAUAUACAAGCCAAUGACUACUCAAUGCUUCAGAUAAGUAUCUCAAACAACGAAGAAACAGAUACAGAAAGUUUACAUUUAAAUGCAGAAAACCACACAGAAAAUGAAAAUGAAAAUUUACAUUACAGAGAAAAGAUAAUUGCUAUAGAUGAAAUGUUUGCUAAAGCUUUAGAAUUUUAUGCUAAUACAAAACUGAAAGGCAAUUUAUACCAAAGCAGAGGUCAUCAAAAAAAUUAA